CCGGUCUUGUUUCGACGAAGGAUGAAAUUAUUCAAUGGACUAUAAACAUGUGUGACCCAAUCAUUUGCAGCUGUGAUGUGAAGCCUUUUUUGCAGUAAUAGCGUUUAGUUUUUAUUGUCUUGUUGUCGUCUGUUGAAAUGCAGUUUCGGUAACCGUCGCACGGUGCCCGUCACGUCACCGGUGUGACCGUUAAAGCGCGUGCCCUCUCGGUGAAACACCCAGAGACCUUCUGUCAUCAUGUCGUUGUGGCUGAGGUCAUGUCAGCGGUGUUACCUGAACGCCGCUGUCAGAAGAUGCUGCUCCACGGUUCACGGGGAGGUGAGGGUCAGGUUUGCACCCAGUCCCACAGGCUUCCUGCACCUCGGAGGCCUCCGAACUGCUCUCUACAAUUACAUCUUUGCAAAGAAGUAUGGAGGCGUGUUCAUCCUGCGGCUGGAGGACACGGAUCAGAGCAGACUGGUACCAGGAGCAGCAGAGUCCAUAGAGGACAUGCUGGAGUGGGCCGGUAUACCUCCAGAUGAGAGUCCCCGUCGAGGCGGGCCGGUGGGUCCGUACCUUCAGUCUCAGAGAUUAGACCUGUACAGUCAGACAGCCCAGCAGCUUGUCAACAGUGGUCACGCCUACCACUGUUUCUGCAGCCCACAGAGACUGGAACUGCUCAAGAAAGAAGCUUUGAGGAGCGGACAGACUCCAAGAUAUGACAACAGGUGUCGUCACCUUCGGGCCGACCAGGUCCAGGAGAAGCUGGCUCAAGGAACGUCGCAUGUGAUCAGGUUUCGUUUGGACGAGGGCGUCGAGCCUUUUCAGGACCUGAUCUUUGGAUGGAAUCGUCAUGAAGUGGCCCAGGUGGAGGGGGACCCUGUGGUGAUCAAAGCAGAUGGGUUUCCCACCUAUCACCUCGCUAACAUAGUAGAUGAUCAUUACAUGAAGAUCAGCCAUGUUCUGCGGGGGUCUGAGUGGCUCAUCUCCACCUCCAAACAUCUCCUCAUGUAUCAAGCCCUUGGAUGGAAACCACCCACCUUUGGACAUCUGCCGCUCCUGAUGAACAAAGACGGUAGUAAGCUGUCCAAGAGGCAGGGGGAUAUAUUCAUCCAGAGCUUCCAGAGAGACGAGAUCCUGCCGGAGGCUCUGCUGGAUAUCACCACCAACUGUGGAUCUGGAUUCAGCACCAAUCGAAUUGGGAGGAGGAUAGAUGAGCUGAUAUCUGAGUUUAAUCCUUCAAAGAUCACAACUCAUUCGGCCUUGUUAGACCUGGAAAAACUACCAGAGUUCAACAGAAUCCACCUGCAGCAGCGUAUCGAAGACGAGGACCAGUGCGUUCUGCUGAUAAAAGAUCUGCAGGAGCAAAUCCAGCAGGCCUACGCAGCAGAGAUCCAGGAGGAUGAAGUCCUGCAUGAGGAUUAUAUCAGGCGGGUGCUGCAGCUUCGCAAGGGUCACAUAUCCUCCCUGAAGGAGCUUGUGAGUCCUGAUUAUUCCUACCUAUGGGUGCGUCCUUCUGUCUCCAGCCAGCAGGUGGCAGCACUCACUGCAGAAGCCCAGCACAUUGCCUCAUUAGUGUUAAAAUUGAUAGAGGAGCGAGGUGAGGAGCUGACGGUGGAUCAGCUCAGUAAAGAUCUGAAGACUCUGGCUAAACAGACGAAAGCCACAAAGUACAGAGAAGUGAUGAAGCUUUUACGUCUGACUCUCAGCGGUCUGCAGCAAGGUCCCAGUGUAGCCGAGAUGAUGUUGUCUUUGGGGCCUGCAGAGAUCAGCCAUCGAUUCCAGAAACUUAUGCUGCUUUCAGAGACGAGUUAAAGACUGGACCACCUGCCAGCUCGUGGCUGGAUGUCGACCUGAAGACGAGAACUGGUGUUGAGGACGUGGCCUGUAUGUUGAGAGUUAAAUGUUUAACCUCACACUGAUUCUGCCAAAGCUAACUGGGACACAUUUAAAAUGAACUGCACCCCACUGGUCAUAAGUUAAAUAAUACUCGAAUUAUUUGAAAUAUUUUAUAAAACAAUGGAAAACUAAUUUUA